UUUACAAGGCUCCGCUACCUCGCCCCAGAAUCUUUCUGUAUUUUCAAGUGAAAAUGCAUUACCUCCUCCUGACUCAGACCUUCCAUCCAUCAGCAGUGAUGGUUUUGUUUGCUCAAUAUUACCAAGCUUAAAUGUUGAAUCAAAUCUCUCUCCCUCUGCACCUCUCAGUGUACCAAACUUCGUCAAUACAUUUAUUUGCUCUAAUGGCGAAGGUGCCUCAAACAUUACUGUUUGCUCUGGCAACCAAUAUUCUGAAGGAGACUCUAUCCUAUUAAGUCAAAAUGAUUCCACUAGAAUUUUCAAUAUUUUGAGUGUGGGUAGCUUAGAUCAAUCGCAACUAGAUUUCUUGGGUCCAAUCUCUACAAUGCAAGAAGAAUAUGUGUCCAAGGAGGCUAAAGAUGAAACAGGACAUUACUUUAAUCAUAGUGUAGGAUCUUUCCUAACAAAUUCUUAUCACUCAUCAGGUGAUGUACAAUCAGAGGUCAUCAUCAAAGAGAGCAGUAGGAAUCUUCCUUUUCCAGAUGGCAAAAACAAGCAAAAAUUGUGUUCACCUUUUUCUAACAGUAACCAUUUAAUUUCAAGUGAUGACACUAUUGACGUUUCUAACCAAGACUCGAUGAAUUUAUUAGCUCAUGUUGAAUCGGUUCAGUCAGUGUCCUUUAGUGAGCCAGAUCCAAUUAAGGUUCACAAAAUAUUGCAAAAUAAUCUGCCAGCCAAGGAGUUUGAUAAAGUUGGGAAAAAGAGUAAAAACAAAGCUAUUGUGAAUACUUCACAGAAAACUAGCAUGAAAUUAGAAAAAUCAAAUACCACUGAUAUAUGUCAAUCAUAUAUAACAUUAUCUGUUCAAAAUUCAUCAGAAGAACAAGAGAAAACUAACAAAACUUCUCAUUCUGAGAUUCUGAAUACAAGUUCUUUGACAUGUCCAGAAUGUGGCAAAAAACUGGCCUCUGCCUCAAAUUUCAAGAGACAUCUUCAAGUUCACUUUGGUGGAAAACCUCAUGAGUGCUUGUAUUGUGGUAAAUGCUUUCGUUAUAAAUGUAAUUUGACUGUUCAUAUACGUUCACAUACUGGAGACCGACCUUAUGAAUGUCCAGUGUGUAGUAAGAAAUUUAGGUACCAGACAGAGUUUAAAGAACACAAACAAAUUCAUGAAACAUCUAAGUUAUUCUCUUGUCUUGAUUGUGGACAACGAUUUGCUCGCCAAAGAGAUUUGAAGAGACAUUCACUAUCUCAUAGUGAAAUGAACAAACCAACAUGUACUAUUUGCCAAAAGACCUUUUCACGAAUUGACUACUUAAAUAUACAUCUCAGGUCUCACAAGAAACAUGAUGAAAUAGGAACUGUGAAAGACAAGUGCUUUUCUCAACCCAAGAAAAAGACAAGGGCAAACAAGAUUAUUGGUGAAUCUUGUAAAGACAACCUCAUGCCUAAGGAGAACUCAGGCAAACAAAUAAUUAUUCCCAAUGGCUCAAGAAAAUCCAGAAGCGACCUUUGUUUUGGUAAAAUGGGCUGUGUAUCAGACAAAUCAGAGGAUCUCAUUAGUUUAGCAUUUCAGGCUGCUGAAGAUGGAGUAGAAUUUAUGUUUGCUGAAGAAAAUACGACACGUCCUAAAGAAAAUAAGACUGAGACAGAAGGAUCGUCGUAUUUCAAGGAAAACGUUGUAGACAUCAAAGUCUUGGAAUAAAAAUAAUAAUUAAGUGUU